UUUUGCCUUUACAACUAUCCACCUUGCUCCUCUCCUUUUCGCUCUACAAGUUAACACUGCCGGCGUCCAGAUUAAUAGUAGUAUUCACUUUUUUAGGAAAAAUGAAGCAUAAGAGAAAUAUCAUUUGUGGUUUCUUCUUGUGUUUGCUUUACGCUAUGGCCAAAACUGGCAGAGUCUCAGCGACAACACCAUCUUCAGCUCCAUCAACGUUGGAUUCAAAUGUUAAAAUCAGCCCAGCGUUAGCGAUAGUACUCGCUUGUGUCGUAUUAUUCGUGAUUGCAGUUGUCAUCACAUUAUACAUACGUCACAUGAACCCCGACGAACCAAUGGGUUCUUACUUCUUCCGUCACCGACCUGUUUCCCGUGGACUUGACCCUAAUAUCAUCGAAACAUUCCCAGUAUUUAUCUAUUCAGAUGUAAAAGCCCUAAAGUUGGGCAAAUCUAUCCUAGAAUGUGCUGUUUGCAUAAACAAGUUCGAAGAUGAAGAAACUCUCCGCCUUCUUCCGAAUUGUUGCCACGUGUUCCAUUCUGAGUGUAUUGAUGCUUGGCUUGCCUUUCGUACCACUUGCCCAGUUUGCCGUGCAAAUCUCGAAACAAAACCUGCUGGUAAACAGCAAGAAACAAUUCAAGAAACAGAAAGAAGCGACAUAGUAAUAGAUAUUCACGUGACUGCUGGUGCACAAGAAGUGAUGAACCAGCAGUCUUCUCAAACUACGCCUACUGAUAUUUGUUCAACGAAAUCUACACCAAGAAAUAAAACACCCAACUACGGCCCCCUUACUCCAAAUAGUAGCAGUAAGGCGAGAAGCAAGGCACCCGAUUUUCGGCACCUUGCACCAAAAUCAACACCGAGAAGGCCAAAGAUUUUUGGGAUGUUCAGUCGAUCUCACUCCACAGGUCACUCGUUGAUUCAACCUGGUGACAAUUUCGAGAGGUUUACUCUAAGGUUACCUGAUGAUGUACGCAAAAGAUUGGUAGACUUAAGUUCUGAUAUGCCGUUUUCUCCAGAGAGAAGUUCAACCACGGGGUACCGGUUCGAACCGUUGGAUGGCCGGUUAAGCAAGUUCCGGUUUCCACCGACAUCGCCUGUGUUUAAUAAACCCGGUCCGCCAAAGGAGGAGAAUGGUGAGAAAAAACCGAAGAAUUUGCUGAAGUCCGUUAAGUCAGUUAAGUCGCCGUUACGUUUGUUUUGCGGGACGGAUAAGGAUGAUACAGGAGAAAGAUCUUUUGCUUAUUUAAGAUCAAGUACUUCAAGUUAGAUAAUUUUGUAUUUUCAUCCCCUUUUCUUUGUUUAGAUCUGACAACUCACUUGGACGAGUUUGGCCUUAUGAGUCCUUUUAUUUUUUACUUUUUCUUUCCAAACAUUUUUUAUAAGAUUUUUUUUUCACACAAUUAAUAUGUUGUGUAUAUAUAGUUAUUGGAUAGUGGAAGCGUCAAAAUGCAAUGAAUUUGCCUGGCCCGGUUUCU